UGAUCGCGUGCAUUUUUUUUCGAAACGUGGUAUAGCCCGGCGUUGUCUCGAAGAUUUUCAAACGGAAGAAACGAACGUGCAUGCACAGGGAGAAUUUUGUACAUAGAUGCGACGAUUCCGCUUGAGCUUUGUAUAAAAAUGACUGAGUAUGCGACGAGUAUAUUCUCCUUCCACGACAAAACCCUCACCGAGAGGCUGGAGGAGUACACUAACAUACUCACCACAACUGGAAUAGUGCCAGCCUCGAACAUUCGUUCGCAAUGGGUCUGUGACGUGGAGGUCGUCAUCGAACCGGUCGGUUGGCAGGCAAUGUGGAAGAUUUCGCGCGAUACGUGCGAGAAUUAUAAUAUUCGCUAUCCGACGAUAGUAAUGGUAGAUGUGCUGGGGAUGGACUUUCCUGCGUUGAAUGCCCUGGUGAAGAUCACGGCCGUUCAGGACGAUAUACAGCUGCCCGAGAAACACGAGGUACCGCUGAUCGAGUUGUAUCCCACUAUCAAUCAGAGUAACUCCAGCCUAGACAUUGUUGGUACUGCACAUUGCGUAGAUCGGCUACGAUUCUUCUACAAUUAUCUGUGGAUGCCGUGGGACGAUGAAGAGGAUGACGAUAUCGAUUGGGUGGAACAGCAUCUGGAACAUAGGAUCAGACUGUAUUAUGACAUGAAUAAUGGAGCUAUCAAUAAGGAAACCUGUGAUAUUAUUAGAUCGCUGAUCAGUGAGGCAAAGGAGGUACAGAAGAAGAUCUCAAUGUAUGAGGCAUCACUCCCUGAGGAUCUGCACGAGGUACCAGAAGAGUUGGCAGAAGAAACGUGUGUCUUGAUGAAACUGCACUUUCGGCUUCAACAAAUUAAAGCAGAGAUGAAUCUGCUGGAAGUUCCUUCAUUGAGAGGAUUACUUGGGAAGAAUCAGUCUUAUAAUAAAAGAAAAAAGCGUAGUGACGACGAAAAUAGGAAAAACAUGUACUUUUUCGUUUGGUUAGGUGGCAUUGUUAAAGAGCUGCAGGAACUUUCUAAUAAAAUUCAAACAAUGUUGGCAGAGAAUGCACCUAUCAAAGUAUAUGGAUGCUUGGAUGAUGUUUUGGAUAUGUUCGAGACAGAUGACACUAUUUUGCUAGGCGAAGGAAACCAUUCAAUUAAAGGUGCAAACGGAUUACAAGAAGGAGGUACAAUUAUAGGAAUUUCUAAUGUUGAAAAUACUAUUCUUUAUCCACAUGACCCAGAUACAUCACCAUCUCUGUUUGAUUUCUCCGGCAAUGAGAUAUUGUUGAAGAAUAUUUGCGUCGACUUCCGGGAUCUUCGGGCAGGCAUAAUUGUCAGAAAGGACUGUACUGUACUUGUAACUGGUUGCAGAAUACGUGUGUCUAACGUCACUGCAAGCAGUGCUAAGUGGGGUGCGGUUAUUAUGCCAGGGGCCAAGUUAGUAUUUGAGAGCACAGUUUUCCAAGGAUUAGGAACAGCCAUUGUUAUCUAUGGAACUGGUGAAGUUGUCAUGAAUAAAUGUCGCUUUGAAAACUGUCAAGAGGGUAUACGGCUCAACGACAAAGCAUAUCUCACCGCGACUAAAUGUUCUUUCGAGAAAAUCAAACAUGGACGUGCUAUAGUAAUGGAAACUGAUAAAGUAACUCGGGCGGUGAAAGUGAAGGUAGGACAUGAAUCGAGUGCGUCUCUUAAAGAAAUCUCUUUAAACGAAUGUGAAUUCGGCAAUGAUGACAAUGAAUAUAUAAUGUUACGACCGAAAGAUACUGCCGCUCUCAUGUAUACACACGAUGAUGUUCCAGUAGUAGAGUUAACAUCUAAAGAAGAAGAAAUUACGGAGUUAUGAAUUUUAUAUUAUUAGUUACAUUGUAAUU